ACUACCGCAAAAGAAGAAGAAGAAGAAGAAGAAGAAGGAGAAGAACAAGAACGCACGUGGGGGGAGGUAUAGCCUGAAGAUAAAGCAUGACGAGUGAGGACGUGGAGCGGCUGCUGAUCCGGUUUCAGGACGAGGAUGGACAGAUUCUGGGUUCACCAUUUGAUGUGCCUUUAAACAUCACCCCAGAUAAACUGCAACUGGUCUGCAAUGCACUGCUACAGAAGGAUGAGCCAGUACCACUGGCUUUUUUUGUGCAUGGAGAGGCUGAGGUGGUAACCAGUCUGGGGUCUUGCGUGAAGGCUCUUGGAGUUGAGACCGAGCAGGUCCUGCCAGUUGUUUACCAGCCUCAGGCUGUGUUCAGGGUUCGAGCUGUGGCCCGCUGUACCAGCACACUACAGGGACACACUGAAGCUGUCAUCUCAACUGCCUUCAGCCCCACUGGCAAAUAUCUGGCCAGUGGUUCAGGUGAUACUACAGUACGUUUUUGGGACUUGACAACGGAGACGCCCCACCACACUGCCAGAGGGCACACACAUUGGGUACUGAGCAUUGCCUGGUCACCUGAUGGCAGAAAACUGGCUUCAGGAUGCAAAAACAGCCAGAUAUGUCUUUGGGAUCCUGUGACGGGUACACAGAUAGGGAAGACUUUGACAGGACACACAAAGUGGAUCACUUGGCUCUGCUGGGAACCUCUUCAUCUUAACUCAGAGUGUCGGUACUUAGCCAGUAGCUCUAAGGACGGUUCAGUACGUAUCUGGGACACUGUGUUGGGACGCUGUGAGAAGAUCCUCACUGGACACACUCAGUCGGUCACCUGUGUGAAGUGGGGAGGAGAUGGACUUCUGUACACCUCCUCUCAGGACAGGACAGUCAAAGUCUGGAGAGCCAAAGAUGGGGUCCAGUGCAGGACGCUGCAGGGUCACGCCCACUGGGUGAACACAUUGGCCCUCAGCACAGACUACGUCCUGCGCACUGGCGCUUUUGAACCUGCAACUGCCACUGUCAACCCCCAGGACCUCACUGGAUCAUUGGAAGAGCUGAAGGAGAAAGCACUUCAGAGAUAUAAUAAAGUCAGGGCGUCAGCUCCAGAGCGUUUGGUGUCUGGCUCAGAUGAUUUCACUUUGUUCCUGUGGAACCCUGCAGAAGACAAGAAGCCUUUGGCUAGGAUGACUGGCCACAGUGCUCUGGUCAAUGAAGUGCUCUUCUCUCCAGACACCAGGCUCCUCGCCUCUGCCUCCUUUGAUAAGUCCAUUAAAAUCUGGGACGGACGCACUGGAAAGUACCUAAUGUCCCUGCGUGGCCAUGUGGGAUCUGUGUAUCAAGUGGCAUGGUCAGCAGACAGUAGACUGCUGGUCAGUGGCAGCAGCGAUAGCACGCUUAAAGUUUGGGACAUUAAGACUGGACAGCUGAGCAUGGACCUACCUGGCCACGCUGAUGAGGUUUAUGCAGUAGACUGGAGUCCUGAUGGACAAAGAGUUGCCAGUGGUGGGAAGGACAAAUGUCUUAAGAUAUGGAGAAGAUAGCCACUACACCAUUCUGCUUAGUUUUGUGAGAGGAUUCACAUCUUCUAUUGUCAAGAAGCCUGAGAGGGUGGAGCAAGAGUGGCUAGACAGGACCUGUCCCCCAUUUGGCUUUGUUCCACUGUCUGUCAACAAUGACAGUGUUGCACAGAACUCUAGUCUGGCCAUAAUACAAAUGCCCUCUGUGGGUGUGAACCCUGAAAGACAUUAUUAAUGAUUCAAACUGAGGGAGAAUGUGAAAUGCAAGAGGUUAUAAUCAUCAAACAUCCAUUCACUGAGAUUCCUGCAAGUAGAGACUAGAUUUCAUAUUCUGUGUACUUCAGUACUAGCAUCUGAGAUUUUAAGAAUGAAAGGGUUUCCAUUCAUGUACAUAUUAAUUUGUACAUGUUGGGGCCCAUGACACAUAAGACUUUCUUCUAAUUUUAAACUCUUAAUACGAUGCCACCUCCAUAUGCAGAAACCACAUAUAGGGUUAUGUAUUUAUACCUGAAUACAUAGUUUGUGAUGAAUAUCAAAUAUUUCCCAAUAAAAUGAAAUUGGAUGCAUACAAAAAGAUGAAGAGGGAUUAAACAGCACAUCAGGCAAAGCAGCAUGUCUGUCCUCUCCUUCGCCUUUGGCUUUACUAGGUGGAACUGUGUUCUUCAAGUAACAGGUGGACUGGUGAGGCAACAGGUGCCGAUACCUUCUUUUGUGAUGUCAUUGCCGUUGAUGCUGGCCCGGCUCCUUCAGCCUUUAAUCUUCCCUGUUCUGCGGUCAAGCAAAGACUCAUCCCGCUGAUCUUUCUGCUUGUCUGGUGAAGCCAAGUGUGACACUGUGAUUCACAUCCCACUGUGAGGGGAAGAACAGGUUUGCCAUUCCAAGUAAAAUAGGUUUUAUAUUCUGUGUUCAAGUGUACAGAUUUUUAUUUGAAGUCAUAUCGGCCUCAAUACAUUAUUUUCAAUGCCA